GAAGGGCCCAUGUAAUACAAAAUGCCCAAUUUAAGCAAACCUAUCACGGGAAAGCCACUCACAUGACUUGCACUUCAUCCCUUUUCUUUUUGUCUCCCUCUCCAUUCCAUCCCAUUCCAUCAAAAAAGAAAAACAACUUUGUAGUUUAACCCCACACACAGAGUACUGUUGUUCUCGCCGGGAACCAACCUACCAACAAUCCUCCAUAUUUUCCUUUCCAUUUCCUUCCACUUUUUUGCUUUUUCUCUUCCCUUUUCCUUCAACCUGACAAAUUGUCUUUUUGCUUUUUCAUUCUUUUUAUACUUUUGGGCGGUUUCCUUUUUAUAACACAUUAUGUAUAUUUUGCUUGUGACAUCUGGAGAAGAAAAGAAAUGAGAAGGGGAAAGGCAAGUCAAGAGGAAGAAGAGUUUGGUUCCAAAAAGACACGGCCUUCUUCCUUUCAUACUCUCUCUGUCAACGCCAAUACCAAUACCAACACCAACAUCAACAAUGACGGGAAAGACAGUGAUAAGGCUAAAGCUAUACGAUCAAAACACUCUGUCACGGAGCAGAGGAGGAGGAGUAAGAUUAAUGAAAGAUUUCAAAUAUUGAGAGAUCUUAUACCAAACACGGAUCAAAAGAGAGAUACGGCUUCAUUCUUGCUAGAGGUCAUAGAGUAUGUCCAAUUUUUACAGGAGAAGGUUCAAAAAUAUGAGGGUUCUUACCAGGGAUGGAGUUCAGAGCCCACGAAAUUAAAGCCAUGGAGAAACAGUCAUUGGCGUGGUCAGAGUUUUGUUGAUCACACGCAAGCUAUUAAAAAUGAUCCUGGGCUGGGGUCAACAUUUUCUGGGAAGUUAGAUGAGAAAAACAUCAAUAUCAGCCCCUCAAUGAUCGCAAGUGCAUUGGAUUCAUCAGAAGCUGAUCCAGUCAGAGAUAAUGAGCAAGCUGAGUUGGCUGUGCCCAUUCAAGGUGGGCAUCCACUUCAGAGACCUGUGUCUGAGGCUCAAAAGUGUCUUACCAGCAAUGAUACACUGAACCAACAGGAUGAUCUGGCCAUUGAAGGAGGAACGAUUAGCAUCUCUAGCGUCUACUCUCAAGGGUUAUUGAACACACUCACACAAGCACUGCAAAGAACGGGUUUGGAUCUGUCACAGGCCAACAUCUCGGUACAGAUAGAUCUCGGAAAGCGUUCCAAUAGAGGGCUAACAUCGUCUGCUAAGGAGUCUGCCAAUGGAGAGGAUUCAAAUCCGGUUCAAAAGCGGCUGAAGAAAUAACAUUCAAGUUUUAUCCUUCCAUCUGUUAUAUAUCUGUUUUGGUUUCAUAGGGUUAUUGUAUAUGCCUGGGUUUUGGUUGUAGCAUAUGUUUUUGUGAUGGUUCCUGGGAUUUCCAUCCGUGGAAUAUCAAUGUUCAACUGUAUUAUAAUGGAUCAUGUAUGUAUAUAACAAAUCAUCUUGAUGGCGAAGGUUAGCCAUCUGAAAUCAUAAA